GAUAUGGUAUAAGACGAUGAUUUACUAAAGCAAAGUAUGUAGCAAAAGGAUUUUGUUUCAAGAUAUCUUUUCACGCUGAAAUUUUCUAGAACUUUCUAGAAGGACAUUUGAGUCGAGAAUGAGUUGCUGUGAUGUGGCUAACUGUAAUCUUCUCUCCCAUUGCAUCACUGCUCUCUCGGCUGCCAACAACUCGGCUAAUCCGAAUGACUCCUCAAGCCCGAAUGAUGACAAUUCGGUCGAAGUGGAGUUCGAGUCUGCGAGUAGUGAACAUCUGCACUUAGUGGUGAAAUACUUGAACUCGUGGCGUGCAAGAAAGUGUGCGUGUGUGGUGCGUAGGUCAGCUCAUCAUUCGCUGGUCGAGGUUUUGUUCAUGCUGACUACGAAAUCACUGGUUGAGGAAUUGGACAAGCUACGCGCUAUAGUGCACUCUUUAGACGAUCAACCAAAAGUGCAGAAUUCUAGUGAUUCUUCUGCGAUGUCAGAUGGCGUUCUUGUUGCGGGUACUUCAGCUGGAGGAAAUAUUGCGAAUACUAAUGUCGUCGAGAGUCAAUUGACGAAUUCGGCUCAGAUAAGACCAUCCUCUCCGUUGGUUAGUGGGGAACUAGAUGAACUCGUGAGUGCAGUAGAGGUCAUCUUCAGUUCCGACUUUUCCCUCUCCAACCCCUCCUCCUCCGCCUCUCCUUCAGGUUCAGCGGGGGGCAGUGGGGGAGGUUCAGGGGGGCAUCAUCACAUCAGCAGUAGUCACUACUUCAACAAAUCUCAUGCCAUUCUGAGUCGUGUGCUGAAGAACCUGGUGGUGAAGCAACAUUUCAUGACGUCACUAGCGGAGUUGUUCAAGUCUGCCUCUCCCCUUCUUCUGCCGCUCUCGUUUGUGCAGCCGUGUGUCAAGUUGCUCUCUUCAGUACUCAGAUGUGUCGCCCAGGAGUUCUCAAAGACUAGCGACGAGCUGAAGCUGGUCAGUGUGGUCCAGAGAGGUCAAUUGAGGUCAUCUCUGGUGCAAUACAUGCAGCAAUUGAGCGAGGAGGAGCUGAGGGUCCCCAAGGGGAGACAAUCGGUGGAAUUCUGCUGGGAAAAGAUUCAAGAGAUUGCGCCGGACUCAAUUGACACACAGACUCUGGAUCUUGCUCUCAAGUACGUCAAGUGUUCUACCCUUACAAUGCGUUUGUCGGGAUUGGCCUUCAUAACGCAACAAGUCUCGGUAUGCGAACGAAGCAAAGCAAGCUCUUCUGGAAGAAACAAUUCCGGUGGCAACAUUUCACCUUCUCCAUCUAGUACUCAGAGCAAUUCUAAUCCGAAUAACUCGAAAGCAGUUUUCAAAAAAUGGCUCAAAUCUCAAAAAAUGGUCUCCGUCUUGUUCGGCGCGAACACUCAUGUAGAGUUGGUUCGGCAAUGUCACUUGAUCUUUCAAUUUAUGGCUAGUGGACAAUUGUUGACCUUGAACGACAUUGAUGUUUUAUGGGGCGCUGUAAAUGACAAGCACAAAAGUCGUGAAGUUAUUUCAGCCAUUGAAGGAAUUUUACACUAUUUGAACGAGUCUUUACUUGAAAGAUUCAAAAAACACUUGGAAGAAUUGCCGCUUGCGAGUCAUACAGAUCAAACGUUUUCUCUGAGCUGCCAGAUUACAAAAGUGUGCUGGAGACGUCAGCUCAUGACGUUAAACAUAGCCCAUCAGUUUGGCAGUUAUUUGGCCAAUGAGAAGCGAAAGAGGAAACAUACAGGAGGUUCGAGACGAGACAGUCGAAACACGAACUCGCAGAGUGGAUCCAGUGAUUUACUGACUGUGAAAAGAACAGAAAGCAAUCAGGGUGCAAUAUCACCAAGCCAAACUUCAGAUUCACUCGCUCUGAAUGAUGAGAGCCAGUACCCUCCUAACGCCACAGUGGGUUUUAUGGGCGAAUCGCCAGUUCUAACCAGCUCAAAGCAAAAAUCGGAAUGCGACAGAGUAGUGCUGAACCCACCUGCUGAGUGGACUACAGGUAAUGAAAACAACGACACUACCGGGUCUUCAAUUGACAGUUCACCGAGUCCAACCAAAAGCAGGAAAAAGAGAUCGCCCCCGAAAUUGAAGGACGUUGAAAUAAGUGACGAAGACAAUGAUAAUAUAUAUCAAAAUAAUGUGGAAGAGACAGUGAAAAAUGAGGCGUCUAAGCGGCAAAAACUGGACAGAAAGAGUUCGAAGGUGUCUCGCGAAAUCAAUCCACCUCCUCCCCCGCCACCGCCUCUGAGACUCAGUCGUCAUUUCAUCCCCGCUGCUAAUGACUCCUCGCCAGAUGUGAACGCGCCUGGACCUUCCAGGGUUCUGAGUUAUCAGCGCCAUCCAUCGGAGUCGGACAAAACAAUCCACGGCUUCGAUAUGAGAGACCUUACGGAAGAACAGGAAAACGAGUUCCAAGAAAUGAAUAAGCUUUUCAGAGGAAUCCAAGAUAUGAAGACCGGAAUUAAUCCGCAGUUGGAUGUUGACAUAGGUGAGCAGGAGUUGAGAAGGUCUGUUGAUAGCAACGCGGGUCCUGGAUCUGAAAGUCCUUUGUCGCCUACAGGCAGACGGAACAGUGCAGCUGACGAUCUGCAAGAUGCAGAGAUGGUCAAUUCUCCUAUGGCACAGUUAGGCGAUGCCGAAGAUGAGGACGACGAUGACGACGACGUCGAGGAUCUUGAAGACUUGGACGAAGAGACAUCGGCAUUGUAUUGCUGCAAUCAAUUGCUCAUUCGAGAACUCUUAGAACAAGAUGGAAUCUUGAAACCGGUCGGAGUAAAGUCUCAACAGCCUUUGACUGUCGAAACAUCGGAUGCGAUGCUGCCGCUUGCUUCAGAAGUGUCGUCAAACGUAGCUUUGGCAUCGUCUGCAGGUCAAGUUAAUGAUAGCGAGGUUAGCAAUGUUAGGGAGACGAGGUCAGAAGACGGUGAACCCAGUUGUGACUUUGAAGUUAUAAGUGAUCAAGAUGAAAGCAAUAGUACGGACUCAACCGCUUCGUCUUCGUCGUCCGAUCCAAGCUUGGUCGGAUCUUCAUUUUUCGUCAAAGCAGGCAGUUCUCUUAUAUGGGAUCUACUGACAAGUAAUCAGUUAUCGGAUUUAGCACCAGAGCAGCAAGAAUGUGUGAAGCAGAAUUUGUUCGAUUUAGUUGCAGUUUUCUUGAAGUAUCCUGAAAUUUUGAAGGAGAUGGUUCGUUCCUUGUUGAAUUCGGUUCGAAAUAAUUGUUCGACUUUCAUGUGUGUCAAAAUGUUGCAAGCAUUGUUCUCCAACGUAGUUUCGCUGUCAAACUACGCGAUCCAAACACACUCAAUGCUGGACAUUCUGGUUGGAACAAUUCUAAGUUUGAUAGAAUCAGAAACUGCAAAUUUAACUGCAGAUCACAACGAAAUGGUUGAAAGUCCAGAGCAAACAAAUACUGACAAUCUGCCUCUAACGCAAUCGGAACUCGGAGAGUUUUUGCACUUGUUCGAUGCAAUUUUUCACAAAACGAGUCAUAGUUUUUGCUAUACAUUCUCAGACGGACAUAUUAUAUCUCUUUGGACGGUUCUGUCCACGAACCCAAAUUACAAAGAUUUCUUCCUGAACUGGUUAUGUGGUAUAUGUCAAACGGAUGAGAUUCACAUAAUGACUGACCAGCAAUGGUUGAUGAUCUAUUGCAAACUAGUUACAACUGACUCGCAAUGGAGUAAACUUCAAUCGGAUCUAGCAUCUUCGCCGACUGAUACAGCUCCGAUAAAUAGUGAAUUGGCAACAAGGCCGAUGGAAAUCGAAAGCUACUCCUCGGCACUUCAAGGAACCGGUCCGCUCUUGUCAGAUUUGGCUGAAGUUCAUUUACUAGCGGUGCUUUUCUGCAAAGCCGUCAAAGGAGUAUUCUUUAGCGACCAGCAAUCCUCUCCUGGCGAUGAAUCUGUAACGUCUUCAAACGGAGUCGCAGAACUCCCAAACGUCAGUGGGACUUCAAGUAGCUUGAAUACAGCUGAUGUUUCCAGGACUUCUGUAGCCAAUGGGUUGUCGGAAAUUAGAGCUGAAUUGAUAAGUGCUGGUCUGCAGCAGUUCUGGGCUAUUUUGUUGACGUCGAAGGAUUCAGAAAUGCAAAAGAUGGCUAGAGAUGUCUUGAAUGGCUACUACUUGCAUUUACCCAAACUCGAAAAAGAAGCAGAGUUUAUUGCGAGCACCUUCGAGAGGAUAUCGAAGUUUCUCCAGAGCGAUGAAACGUUCUGUCUGGACAGACUAAAGGAAUUGCAGUCGAUAGUGUGUCUUCUGUUACAUCACAUCCAGCAGAGUUACAAGAAGUACUCGUUCCACAUUAGACACUCGGCCCUGAAGGCCAACACUGCCCCAAUACACAGCCACUCCAAAACAUGGAUGCCCAGAAAGGGUUCUCACCAGCUGAAGUUGUAUCUUGCCAACCGAGUUGCAGGCGUCAAUCAGCCCAAGCUAAUCAACAUGCAUUCUUCGGACUAUCUUGGCGAACUGCGGGCAGAUGUGACCUUUCACCAAAACGAGCUUCUGAAAUCUAAACCACUGGACGAUUCUGAUGAUAAAAACUCUUCUGACACUCAGGAAGGAUCUCGGUUGAAGUAUUACAGGUUGCUUACAAAUGGCCUGGAGUUGAAAUUGGAACACGAUGACCGGAUUCUGUCGGAUUUAUGCAUACGUGAUGAGUCUCAAAUUGCGGCCGUUUUGACUUUUCUGCACUGCGACGAUUCGUCAUCGGAAGACGCGGCUUCAAAGUUUCAGCUAGGGGAUGUAUUUUUGAAGUUUCCAGGUUGUCUGUAUAUAGAACCGCCUUUGGAGAAUUACCCGCAAGUGAUAUUGCUACAGCAAGCUCAUUUCAACAGACUGUUUGAGACUCUAAGAAGGCUCUCCAACCUUAAGAGCUCAGCUUCUAAGGCUCAAAUCUUCAACAUUGACGAAAUAAUCCGAUUGGUCUGGGAUCUCAUCAUGCUCUUGCCGACAUAUCCUGCAAUUCAACAGCAGUUCGAGAUUUUAUCAACCGAUUCGAGUUAUCAGACGAAUGCCACCGAGCCAAGUUCUUCGAAAGAUCUCCCCCAAAUGGCGAAUUCAUCAUCAAUAGACUGGUCGACCAUUCUCGAUGUUGAUAACGUCUUCAAGUUGCUUUACUCUCUUCAAAUGUUAGAGCAUUUGGCCAUCAAUUGCCACAACAAGAUAUCCCAAAUGACUUCAGACGCGUCCCUCACUCCGAGGGGUUUUGGGGGUCAUGGAGCCAACCUUUUGACACCUACGCUUCCGAACUUCGAUUCUAAUUUAACCGCCGAUUUUGGUGGCGACUCAAAUAGCCAAACUUCAGGGCCGUCCCAGAGUCAAAAUAAAAACAAAGUUGGCUCAGAUUGGUGCCAAAAGUUUGUGGAAUACGGCGGAUUAAAGUUUCUGGUAACAGUGUUUGAGUCGAAAGUUUUGCUUGAAGAACUAAUGAGUGAAAAGAAAGACUCACCAAACGUUCAAUUGUCAGAAUGGAAGCAAGAGUGUCUUGCCUCGAUUCUAAGAUUAUUCAACAUUUUCGCUUUGCACCCGUUCACUUCAGGAGGCUUAGUGAUGCGCAGUCAAAACAGUUUUUGCUCAGAUUCCUUAGGCGUUGGAUCCCAAAAUGAAAUGUACGUACCACCCCAAAUUGUAGAAUUAAGUCAAAAUAGGCCAUCUUUUGUUUCGAUGCUGGAUAAAAACCGAUUUCUGGAUAGUCUGUUUAUUCUAAUGGAUUCCGCGUCGAAAACUCAAACGGAUGCAGUUUCGAGAAGAACUUUAUCGUUGAAGUCAAAUUUAGUGUGCCAAUGUUUCCUCAUUCUCAAUUUAUACGCUUGUCAUGAUCCUUCCGUUUGUACCAGUUUGAUGGAGCAUAAAUUAUUCUUUUCAUUAGUUUAUCAACUUGUGGUCAAUUUUGCAACCAAGAAUAUAAGCAAGACUUCGACAACUGGUCUUACAAAAUUGGCUCAUAAGUCCUUCGCUUUUUGCAAAAAGACGAUUGAAACUUUAAUUAAUUUUCUGGCCGAAGUCCAAAGCAUUUCGGAAGGUUGCCUCGAGGACCAUAAUAACCGCGAUUCAAGAGACUCAAGUGUAAUAGCGGAUCCAAGUUCAGGCCAGGAAUACUUUUCUCUGUUCGAAAACUUGAUGAGAAUUUACCUAGAAAAAGAGGAAGAACGCGCAAGUGAUGCUGAUUUUGUGUCGUACCUUGUCAAAUCUAUAACCACAGCUUUGGAUGAGUUUCUGCAAAAUGCAUUCUGGAGUGAAGAAAAUGGAGACUGCUCUAGUUUAAGAGGGCUUCUGACAAUCAUGUGCUCAAUUUGUAGACUUAAACCACCUUUCGUGACGUCAGAUCAAGGUUUGGAGUUAAUCAAAAGCCUAAUGAAAUGUCUGUUUAAAAUAGAAUCGGAAACGAAAACCCCAAAAUUGGUCAAUCCUGAUAGCAGAAAGGCAGCGUUUGAUUUGAUAAUUCAGCUCGCUAGCGGGUGUGUGAAAAAUUAUGAUUUCAUCUACUCUUCGUUGAUGAAGCAAAAUUCGAAAGAGUUUCAUGCGCCCUACCCAUGGUCCUACUGGCCGUUGGAUGAACGAAGAUCAGAAGCGGGUUUUGUGGGGCUAAUUAACCUAGGUGCCACAUGCUAUAUGGCGACUGCACUGCAACACCUGUUUAUGAUCCAUGAAGCGCGUUCGGCCAUUUUAUCAGCCAAUCACAAUGAAGCGAGUAUGAAUGUGGCAAAUAUGGAAGGUGAUGUGCCUCAAAAUGGCAACGGAGCAACUGGAAUGUCGAAUAGUAACAUGGAAAGGAAACAUGGAAAAGUCCUGUUGGAGCUACAAAAGAUGUUCGCUUAUUUGCAGCUGAGUGACAGAAAAGCAUACAAUCCGCGUUCGUUCUGUCGUUCGUACGUGAUGGACAAUGAGCCCCUGAACACUUGUGACCAGAAGGACAUGACUGAGUUCUUCAAUGACCUCAUCGCCAAAUUGGAAGACAUGAGUCCCCAGCUGAGAGACCUGGUCCAUAAUCUGUUCAGGGGAGAGAUCACAAACAGUGUGGUGUCUUUGGACUGUAUGCACGUGAGCAAGACAGUGGAGCAGUUCUUCACUGUAAGGUGUCAGGUGGCUGACUUGAGAGAUCUCUAUGAGUCACUGGACGAGUUCUGCCAGAUUGACAUGCUGGAGGGAGACAACAUGUACACCUGUUCCAGUUGUCACACCAAAGUGCGAGCUGAAAAGAGAGCAAGUUUCAAGAAGUUGCCUCGGAUUCUUGUCAUAAACACCAUGCGAUACAAGUUCAACAUGGAAUCGAUGGCGCGGGAGAAAGUCAACACCCACUUUCUGUUCCCAAAUCACAUCAAUAUGGGAAAGUACACCGAAACGUACCUGGUCGGCGAUAAUUCCAACUCCAGGAGUGCAUCGGGAGGUGCGACGUCAUCAUCAUCGGCAUCGGCGGGACUGGAUUCGGGCCAGCAAGAGGAACUGAAUUAUGAGUUGAUUGGAGUUACAGUUCACACAGGGGCGGCUGAAAGUGGUCAUUAUUACUGUUUCGUGAGAGAUAGAUCCUAUCCGCAAUCGGAUGUGUGGUUUCUGUUCAACGACUCCGAAGUGAAGCCUUUCAAUCCAGACAACAUUCCUCAAGAGUGCUUCGGAGGCCAGAUGGUGUCCAAGACAUUCAACCAACUCACUGAAAAGUUUGUCGACUAUGCCUUCGAGAAGUCACACAGCGCUUACAUGCUGUUCUACGAGCGCAGUGUAGAUUUAAUGCGAAGUGAAGAGAAGGCUUCACUGAUUCCUAAUUUGAGUCCAUCGGAGACGUUUUGCGCUUCAAUAAACACUGAUAACCUCCAGUUACGCCACGAUAGAUUGCUGUUUGACAAGAACUAUUUUGAGUUCCUGUAUAAAUUCAAUGAUGUUGUGGCAAAAACGUUGCCGACUCCUGGCGAUCCGAAAUCAUCUAAUCAUUUCGAGUUUCAACGUGCGAAGUUGAGCACGACAUUCGUGUUGGAGACUCUAGUUCACUCUCGAGAGAGUCCGAGCAUUAAUUUCUGGCUUGAUUUCGUGACGUCAUUGUACUCAGAGUGUGUGGAAGUGUGCAAGUGGUUGAUAAAACACCUGAGUCAAAAUGAUUGGUGGCUGAACCAGGUGUUGAUCAGGUGUCCCAAUGCGCAUAUCAGAGGACUCGUACAGAAGUUGAUAUUCUUGGCCAUAUCAAACGUCUGUAGCAAGACUAGUGACGAUGAGUGGCAGGUGUAUUGUAAAAGUGAGCUUCGUUCUUUCCUGAAGACACUGGUCAACUUCGCCAACAGUUCUCUACUCAGAAGAAGACACUUAAGACACUUCUUCGAGUACUGCUCCCUCUUGAUGGAUGUAGCACGAAUGGGCAGGAGGGAAUCACUGUUGCUGAUUUCAGUUGGAACCAUUGGCUCUAUGGUGAAAUUCUUUCUGGACGUGAAACUUCACAAAGGUCACCAGUCCUCGAACUCAGUUUCAAUUGGCACGACAAGUAGCUCCAAUGGGGGUAGUGGAAAUAACACGACCACCACGUGUGUCACUCUCUCGGACGACGAAGACGAGAGUGCCAACUCGGAAAAUGACGUCAUAGCAUCGACUGCACUCGAGUUUGAUGCGUUGAACGAAUUGCUAUCAUUCACUGCAGAUGGAAAGAAGAAGUCGGCAGUUUUUCACAACAUAGUGGAGCUCAUUGAACUUCUGCUGGACAAAUCAUGUGCAUUGGGUGCCACCAGUGGAUCGGGAAGCAACAGGGACUUCCAGGACCUAGCCAGAUGUCUGGCUGAGACUGAUAUGGGUGCUCUAACUAGUAACAACUACGAGUUCCUCAAGAUUUUAAUUGAGGAAGAGAUUAACCUGGACAGUGUGUCGUCGAUACUCCAAAUGCUAGUCAGGAUGGAUAAGAAUUUCGAAAAUUUCAUCCCCGUUCGGUUCUGUGAGUUGAUCCUAUCCAGUGGCGUGUUAUCCCCCGAGACAGUGAAGCCCUACUUGAGAGUGCUGGCCAAAGUAGAGUGUCAACUGAGCCAGGGAAACAGUGGAGUCACAGUCACCCAACACAUGGUCAAGUACAUGCCGCGACUGUUGGCUCUUUGUCCCAGACCAACUCUCACUCUCAUCAAGGAAUGCGCCAGGUCUCCACACAUGGUCAACUGGGCCCUGAACAAUCUAGAUUUGUGGGUGAAACAGUUCCUAAUAGCCGAGAACAAUUACAGAGUCAGAUUCGAAGCGGCAGAGGUGCUGAUGAUGUUGAUUCCAGACAGUGGUCACUUGUACAACUACUGGAAAAGUUGUGUCGACAAAUUCAGUCUGCCAGAUAGUAAUAAGAAUGGCACUGUGCAAUACGAGGAGCGAGUUUUGACUGUUGUCCAUAAGAUCCUGAGGCACUUACUGGGCAUGUUGGAGGACUUUCCGUCUCUGUCCAUGGGCACCUACAGAUUCCAGUACUUCUUCACAGUCCUCACCGCUCUCACCCUCUCCCCCCUGGAGAAGAAGAUGUUCACGCCCCACUUCCCACAUUUGUGGAGUGUCUUCUAUCCUCAUCUCAUUCACAGCAAGGUGGAGAACUGUGUGAACAAGCAGGCACUUUUGUUUUACUGGCACUGGGUUUGUGUGGAUUGUCCCCAGAAUGUACAGAUCACAGUCUCAAACAAAGUGGUAUUGAAAAACAUCUUCUUCAACUAUAUCCUAGUGAAUCACGAUGAGCGAGAUUUGGUCGCUUUCAAUAAACAGUGUCUGCACAGUUUCUUCGGUCUUCUUCGCAUCUGCUGCUCGGCUUCGGCUCACUUCGCAUUCGUCUUCAUGCAACACGACAACUUCUUGUGGGCACUUGAAAACGUCUUCCCCUACUACAAUCUAUACACGAAGGCCUCAAAUGAGUUGCUGAAAAUUGUAGAAAUUUUAUUGGAUUAUGCAAAAGAGGAGUCGGCGGCCUCGCCGAGCGGCGGAAGUCAGUUGAGUGCGGCGGAUAUCAAAGAGGUGAAGGCUUUCAAGAAGAAAUUAAUUUUCUCGUUCACGAAAUGCUUGAGUAAACGAGGACUCUUCAUGACUGUUCCCAGGAUUUUUCCACUCCUUCUUCAAACCGAACAAGACAUGCGGUACCUUCUGGAAGAGACCAACGGGCUUCGGGUUCUCUCAGACGCUCUUUUCUCCGCAUUCGAGGCCUCCCAGCACGUGUCGAUAUUUCACUCCAGUGGAUCAUCCUCAAUAGGGGGAGCACAGACGGCAAUCGGAGUGAGGGGCGAUAUUGUGGCAUUGUUGACAAGAGCGUUGAGGGGGUGCAGAAGUGCGUUGGAGAAAGAAAGAUUGCACCCGGGCGAGGGAAAUGGCGAUGGUGCAACUACGAGUGGAUCUUCGUUGUCUACCGGAUUGGGAACUAGUAGUGGAAGCAAUAUGAUAAGUGCACGUAGCUCUUCUUCCAAACACCUCCCACAGUGGAAGAACAUCAGUGUGACCUGUGAGAAACUGCUCUCACUCCUCAAUGCCUCCCACAGUGCAGAAGCGAGACUGUCCUCCCUCCUCUGUCUCAAGGAGAUCCUUCUCCUCUACCCCUCUGAAGCAUCACAAGUGCUGGUUGACCUCAUGUUCACGGCACACUCCAGUUGCACGAGGAAGAAGUGCACCUCGCUAGUUCCUGGACCCUUCUACCCACGUCUGAGCAGUGCCUCGACCUCGGGAUCAGACCACCAAUCACCCCCCUCUACUUCAACAGCUGUAGGCGUUGGCUCCAGACCAACCCAGCUGGCGAGCGGAUCUGGAAUCGUGGGAUUCAAUCCAGUGGCCACUACGCCCACGCUGGCAAACAGACGCUUUGAGUUGUCCAUGUGUGUCCAUAGAGAGCACUUCAGUCGCCAAAUUGGAGAAGACAAAAGUUAUGACUGUGAGCUGCGUCAGUUCUUUUCGCCCUAUCAUGUACAUCUUGCUCAGCCGCUGAUAUCCACAGCCACUCAGCAAAAUAUCACCAGUUCCAAACUGACCGAUCUCAUUUGUCUGCUGAGUCUGGACGCCCUGCACCUCAAACUGGACUGGUUCGCCCGCACGAUGCUGGACCUGUACCACAGCAACACACAAUACCUCCAAUCCCUAUCCACUUCACCACAUCUGGCUCUUAUCUUCACUCGUAUUCUGGCUGAUGACCACUUGAGAAGUGUCUUGAAUUCACCAACUGUCUUCUCCUUCUGCACCUCAUUUUUACCCAAGGCAACUGCGUUGACACUAGACGAUAAACUGAGUCAUAUAGUGCAGUUGACUUCGCUUAUGGUAGAUCAGUCAUAUCAUAAGCGUGUAAGUAAUGUACUGAUUGAGGGGAGAUCGGAGCAAUCGGUGCAAAUGGACGGCGAUGGGAACGAAGAAAGGAGGAAUAAAGAUCCCGAAGAGUUUAUUCUGGUCAUCAUUCAGAAUCUGAAGGCACUGCAGCUGUUGUUUGCAUGUACAACCUGUGCCAAGAUACCAAGUCAGCUGUCUGAGUUGAAACUGUCGUUAGAGUCUCUUCGAGAGGAAAGCGAGAAACUGAAAAGUAUGUUUGCGAAAGAACAAACAAGGAGUUCUUCGCUUCUGAGCUUCAUGUCAAGUGAUACAAUAACUGAACUGUCGACCACAUCUGACGCUACAUCGUCCUGCAACCUCCCGCUGAAGAAAUUAAAACUAGCAGUCAAAAAUCCUGAAGGUACAAAUGAAACUGAAAGCUCCUCGAAAAACUCUGAACAAAGCUUGCAUCAAUCGAAAUCGGAAAUGUUGUCUUCGUUGGUGAAAAACUCAGAAGAUUUGCCUGAAAAUUGUAGUUCAAAGCUAGUGGUUCUGAAACAAUCUGUCUUGAAUUUGGUCAAAAAUGUCAACUCAACAUUGAAUUAUUUAAAACAGUUUGAAGACCGAUGCGGAAAAGACUAAAAAAAUAAAAUUAACUGAAAAAUUGAAUGUCUAUGUUGAAACUUCCUAAAACUUUCUUGUAGUGAUAAUUGAGAUUUGUUUUGUUUUUCUA